AUGGCAGAGCUUCCAAUUGACGUCUUCAAACGCUCGAGCGACCCCCGAUUUGAAACCCUACUCGACAAUGAUACAUCAGCGUGGUCAAACAAGGAGAACGGGUUCCCAGUCGCGGAUGUACGCACAGACCGCGCCAGGUGGGCUCGGGACUGGGAUAAAGGGGUGCAAAAGAUCAGCAGGUCGGCGUCGAAUGUCCUCUUGCAUACAGUGAGAGCGCGAGAUCCUUCAUAUCUAUCCAUGAAAAUUCAACAUUCCGACUACCAACACCUGCGCAGCGUGAGGCUACGGGUGACCACCAAUGCUCAGACCAUCGCGAAUAGUAUUCGAAACCAGUUCAAUACCCUUAGCCGCACAGACUUCACAAUAUGCCAGCCCAAAGAUUGGUUUAUGCUCGUCAGCCCAGAGAAGCGUCAAUCCGUGUUUGAUGUAGCACUCGAGAGCGCGUGCUGGUCCUGCACGUUUGGCCAAGAUUCUCGGUCGUUUUGCCCUGACAUCACUAGCAGGUUGCUUCUCAGGCGCAAGGGACUCGCUCUAUAUUCAUUCAUCAAUCGCUUUGUUGAGACGGCUUUGUCUCACCAGGCGGACCUAGCGGACUCAGACUGGGUACGGAACGAGUGGUGGACAUGUGCCUUGCGGCUGGAGGAUAUCCCGCGCCAGCUUCACAGCAACUACAAGUUUGUAUACGAACUUUAUACGCUAUUCCGGCUGAAUUUCAUCGCCCACUUUGUAUCACGGUCUCUGGCAGCUGUGCACGAUUCAUGUGCUCAAGAGGUGGAGAGGAACGACUCUUGGAUACCGCGUGUCAUCUGGAUAGGGGGUCUCAGAGGCAUGCAAGAGAUGCGGGCUGCAAGGAAAGUCCUAAAGCAUAACUUCGGGCAGCAGUGCGAGUAUUGCGAGUGCACCGCUGAAGAGUUUGAUCAAUCUUUCCGCUUCCUCUUAUGUACAGCGUGCAAGCGGGAGCUGAAUUUUGCAUGUUAUUACUGCUGCAGGGAGUGCCAGAAGGCCGAUUGGCCGCGGCACAAGGCCCAUUGCGGCAAGGAGAAAGUCUCCAAGUUUUGCGACGAAUACCGUCCGGAAUGCAAACGCUCGCUCAGCUUGAUUCUACAGACGUCGAUGCAGAGCUGGCACCCAGAUGCCGACUAUGUCCUUUUCACGUUCCAUGGUCCGGUCGCUGGAUUCAAAGUCGCUUUCCCUCGCAACUGCAAAUUGAGAAAGCUCUUCUUGAAGAUACGAGAUGGGAUGACCGUUGAUCGACAAAAUACCUUCCUUGAUAUACUUGCCAAGUGUCUCGUGGAUGCGUUGGCAGAGGACAAAGUCAUGUCGGGUAUCACACGGGAAAACGUGAUUCAGCAGCUCAGUGAAGAGUACGAGGUUGACGAUGUGAAAGAGCGGCUUGAAUCGUUGGAAGAAGAAUUGGCGGCGCAAGGUGACGAGACUUGGUAUAGCGGCAUGAUGGUCAUCGAAGAGGCGAAGGUAGGCGUCAAGGGGAGUGCAGCUGUUAACAAGAUACUGUGAGUUGUGACUCGAAGAAGG